GAUCGGUGCGCUUUGAUGUUCUCAGUACUAGCCUUGUCUUGAGCUCAAAAGCACUAUUUGUUGCUGUCGGGCUACAAUACUUUCAAGUUGCGGAGAUCCUACAUAGGUCACAGUAACAACUUUUUCUCUCAUCCAGUGAGCUCUUUAAGAAAAGGACAAGAAUAAUACAAAGUUUGUUUCGCUUAUAACAGGAAAAGGCAGUGUUUUAAUUUCUUUUUCAAAGCAAAAUGCCGCAGCUCAAUACCGGAGGGGGGGAUGAUCUCGGAGCCAACGAUGAAAUGAUUUCCUUCAAAGAUGAAGGCGAACAAGACGAGAAAAUACAAGAAAACGCUUUUACAGAGAGGGACUUGGCUGACCUCAAGUCGUCUUUGGUGAAUGAAUCAGAGAUAAAUCAGAACACAAACGCAGCGGUGGUUAGAAGGGGACAUCAAGACGAACAGAGAGUGUACGCGGAGAAACAUAGGGAACUUCUUGACGACGUCCCAAAGCAUCAAGAUGGAGGAAUGUAUAAAACACCUGCAUACUCUGGAUACCCAUUUCUAAUGCUGCCAGACCCAUAUCUUCCCAAUGGGCCAGUCUCUCCCACUGCUAACAAAGUGUCGGUGGUGCAGCAGCCUCAUGGAGUACACCCACUUACAUCGCUUCUGCCAUACAGCAAUGAACACUUUAGCCCUAGUCCUCCACACCUGCCAGCAGACAUGAGCCAGAAAACAGGCGUUCAUAGGCAUCAGUCCCAGGACCUCUCCACCUUCUAUCCCCUAACCCCUGGGGGAGUUAGCCAAAUCACCCCAUCCAUGAGCUGGCAAAGUCAGUCUGUGUAUCCACUCCACUCCUGUGGCUUCAGGCAGUCUUACACCUCCAGUCUCCCCAGCAGCUCCUCAUACUCCAGGUUCUCUCAUUCUCUGAUGUUGGGGUCAUCAGGCAUGCACCCUACAGGCAUCCCACAUCCAGCUAUAGUGCCCCCUUCAGGCAAACAAGAGCAUGAUCAGUUUGACAGGAACAUGUAUGUUAAGCCUCAUCCAGAGCCCAAGAGAGACAGAGAGCCCAAGAAGCCAGUGAUCAAAAAGCCUCUGAAUGCCUUCAUGCUUUAUAUGAAGGAAAUGAGGGCGAAGGUCAUUGCAGAAUGCACCUUGAAGGAAAGCGCAGCUAUCAACCAGAUACUGGGUCGUAGGUGGCAUGCUCUGACCCGUGAGGAGCAGGCUAAAUACUACGAGCUUGCCAGGAAGGAGAGGCAGCUCCACAUGCAGCUCUACCCCAGCUGGUCAGCACGAGACAAUUACGAGGAAAAAGAAAUGCAUUCGCUACCUUCAAGGAGGACAGUGCACCAGCCCCCAUUCUUCCGAUGGAAGUGCUAUAGACUCACCCUCUUGUCCAGUCCAUCACCUGACAAACCCCACCUCUCCUUCAAACUGUCUUUCCUCUUCUCCCACAUCGCCAGCCAGCAAUCUUUAUCCACCAACCAGAAAACAUCUCAACCCUCGUCCCUCAACACUCAGACCUAACAAACUCUCUCUUGCUUUCAGCAGAUUUAAAACAGAGACUGCAAUCCACAGCCUUCAGCCAGGUUGCCCUAUACCCCAGGUCCACUAA